AUGGAGAAACAAGAAGAAGCCCAGCGAAUCCCCACCGUAGCCGGCGGCGAAGACGAAGUACGAAUAGACAGGAUCUCGGCCCUAGCCGACGACAUCAUCCACCAGAUCCUCGCCCGCCUGAGAUCCACAAAGGAAGCUGCUAGAGCCACCGUCCUGUCCAAAAGAUGGGUCCACCUCUGGCGAUCUUACCCUGUCCUGGAAUUCGACGACAGGGGAUUCCGAUCGAAGCAAACAGCCGAGCGAUUCGCCGCCGCCACCGCCGCAAAGUUCGGCAAUAACAACAACACCACCACCACCCCGCCACUCGGCAUCAGAUCCGUGAGGAUCGAUUUCGCCCACCAGUUCGCCGGCGACAAUUUGGGCAGAGGACCCUGCUCUGCUUUCCUCGACGAUGUGUUGAAAUUGGCCGCCGAGAGAACCCAAUCGCUCCGUGAGAUCGACAUUAGUUGCGGAUACUUGGGAGAUUUCUGCUUCCAGUGGGCGUACGACAUCCCCAGAGGCUUGCUAUUGCUCCCCUCCCGCCAAUUCCCGCAAUUUCGCGGCGGCCUGGAAAUUCUGAAAUUGGAGCUCUGCAGCUUCAGGGAAUUUGUAGGCGUUGAUCUAGUCGGGGUGGGUAGCUCGCUCAGGGAGCUCACUCUGCGGCGCGUCUCGUUACCCGACGACCGAAUUCUGAACGAUCUGAUCGCCGCAGCUUCGCGCUUGGAGAGCCUGACUCUGCGCGCGAUCUUCAGUGUACGGAGGCUUCAGGUUCGGAAUCUCCCCAACCUGAGAGCCUUGAGGUGCUCCCAUUGCAAGGUGGAGGAUUUGGAGAUAACAGGGGCGACCUCUCUGGAAAUCCUCUUCUUUUCCGGUCCGUUGGGAGGUGAAUUGGAGAAAGUUAACAAGCUGAUUUCGGAGUCCCCAUCUCUGGAGACACUGAAGCUGAGGGACCCAGGUGAAGUGCGCAAUCUGAAGAUUGACAGCAGCGACAGGUUCAGGGAACUCACGUUGGUAGAACGGGAGGAUUCGCGAGCCAUGGCGAUCAAGAUCGAUGCUCCGAGGCUGAGGAACAUCAGUUAUCAUGGCGGGAGCGUUAAUUUCCCCCGUUCGAUUAGAUUUCGUAGCAAGAACAAGAAGAAGAAGAAGGUUGGUAGCCAUCGUCGCCGCGAAGAAGAAGAAGAUGACGAUGGCCUGUCACAUAGCAGCACUGCGCCAUCAUUCCACUGGAUUUGCUACGAUGACACGUAUCACAAAUUUCACAAAAUGAGACCGCUGCUGUUUCGUCGAAUAAGCAGGUUUCGGUUGACUCUUGAUAUCUCUAAUCAUAGAAUAGACGAGUGGCGUAGGCAUGAUGUCGCGGACGAAUCCUCUGUUGUUCCGCGGAUCGAACGUGUGAUACUCCCCUGGGAUUUCUCGACCCAAGUGUCCGACGUCAGAGAUUCUUUUCUUGACGAUCUGUUUCAGAAUUUCCAUCCGAAAUAUCUGAGCCUCAAAGCUGAGGAAUAUUCGAUUUCGAAAGAGUCCAUCUUGUUGGCUCUAAAGUAUGUGUGCAAGACGUUCCACGGGACGGAUCUGAGCCAUCGUUGUAGAUCUGGAUGUAAGAGCUGGCGACACCAAUUGAAAGACGUGAAGAUGGUGAAGAGAGUCGCCGCAGCAAACGGUACUGGUACUAGGGUAGAAGAUGAUGCUAAUAAUGAAGUCGUCGAUGUUUCGACGGUUGUGAUUUCAUCUUAUGAGGAAAUAGCACAGAUUUGGCUUCUGUUGGAGUUCUGA